AUGGGCAGCGAGGCGGGAGGCCCCCGGGCGACCGCGCCGGGGCAGCAGCUCCGCGCUCUCUUCUACGCGCUGCCGCCCGGCGAGAGCUCCUUCCGCACGGUGGAGGAGGUGCCCGACUACGUGGAGAAGGUGAGAGUCCCCUCCCUUCCCCUGCAGCAUCCUUCGCCGUCCCCUCCGCCCACCCUGCGCGCAGCUGCCGCCUGCCUUUUUUCAAAAGCCGCGGGCGGCCCAAGGAAACGAGGUCCAAAAAGUAUUCCAUUCUUCAUUGCUUUUAUUGGGCUGGAGUUUGCUGUCAGCUGGGUUCAGAAGCAUAAGCUGUCAGGUCGGAUCAAUGAUGGCAUAAGUUCUCUUUCUUUAGGUAUCCUGUCUCGACUGCCAGAUGUUUUAUUCAGAAGUGUUGACUUAAUUAGUUAUAUCUACGUAUGGAAUAACUACAGACUCAUUGAACUGCCCUGGGACUCGCCAUGGACAUGGUAUUUGACACUUCUGGGAGUGGACUUUGUAUACUACUGCUUUCAUCGCAUAAGCCAUGAGGUUAAUAUACUGUGGGCAGCGCACCAAGUACAUCAUAGUUCUGAAGAUUACAACUUAUUCACAGCCUUGAGACAAUCUGUACUGCAGAAAUACACCUCCUGGAUUUUCAACUUGCCCAUGGCUCUUUUCAUUCCCCCUUCAGUGUUUGCUGUUCAUCUACAGUUUAAUCUACUUUACCAGUUUUGGAUACAUACAGAGGUUAUCACCAACCUUGGGCCUCUGGAGUGGAUUCUUAAUACUCCCAGUCAUCACAGAGUUCAUCACGGUAGAAAUCCUUACUGCAUUGACAAAAAUUAUGGCGGCACACUCAUUAUCUGGGACAGGAUAUUUGGAACAUUUGAGGCAGAAGAUGCAAAAGUUGUAUAUGGCUUAACACAUCCAGUAAAUUCAUUUGAUCCCAUCAUGCUCCAGUUACGUCCCUUGGCUCAUAUUUGGAACACGUUUUGGGCCACACCUGGAUUCUGCAAUAAGCUUUCUGUCAUAUUCAAAGGGCCAGGCUGGGGACCAGGCAAACCUAGACUUGGCCUUCCUGAGGAAAUCCCAGUGAUCACUGGAAAAGAAGUUCCCUUCAAUCCAAGUGUACCAGCUUAUCUUAAUUGCUACGCAGUUGUACAUUUUGCUGUAAUAAUGGACUUGUAUACUGAACUUCUUGGUACCGUGACUAUGUUAUCACAGGGAACUAUUCUUCUGAGAAUUGGCUUUAUCAUUCUGUCCCUGACCUCUUUCGGACUACUUAUGGAGAACAGGCCCAAAGCAGGAAUUGUGGAAAUCAUCCGCUGCUUAGUCUUCAUAGGUGUGUACAAACUUGGCUACUUAAGGAGUCAGUUUUCUACCUUGGGCUAUACAUAUGAGGUCUUGUUUUCCCUCUGCACUGCAUUCUGGGGAAUCCACAUCAUGAAGCGGAUCACUUCAUCCAAAGAUAAACAUCACUGAAAGAGCAGAUACAACAUCACUUUAAUUAUGGAAGCAGCACUUUGGAAUAACCUUCUAAGUUCCUUGGAAUUAAUCAACCAUGAAUCUUACUGAAUUGCAAUCAUUUCACUUAUGAUAGGAGAAGUUUGUGAUUUCGUAGGAAGGUUUGAAAGAUUCAUUAGGACGUGUAUUCAUUUUUAUUUGAUUUUUUAAAAAAUAUUUCAUUUCCCCCCAAUUUAAAUAAAAUGUUUGUUCACAACAUGUAUUUUUACAUUCAAAGGAUUACAAAGUCUUAGAAACCAUGUAAAACUAAUUGCAUUUUGCAGUGAGUUUGUUAGUAAUCAUAUGUGAAAAGUAUUUUUCACAAGAGGAAUAAUUAAAAUCAUAUUUGUUGUAACCUGGUAUAAAGUGACUGACUGUCUUCCUAUUGAGGCUAAAUGUAAACAUAUGUGAAUGUCAGUUUUUCCGUAAUGAUUGAAUUACACUAGAAUCUCAAUGUCAUGCCCAAUUCGGUGUUCAAAACAUACAGCUACAUGAGGAUGAGAAGUCAAGGCAAGAAAAUGAUUAAAAACAGCAUGAUAAAAUAACUCGAACUACUAUGAGUUGAAACAUCUUCAAUAAAAUUGGCUGAUGUAUGUGUUGUAUAAUGCA